UAAAAUACAAAAAUGAGAAGCGUUUGGAAAGAUGAAGAAAUAUAUUUAAGGAUCUGUAUUUAGUCGGGGGAUCAGAUUAUUAUUCAAGACUCUCAGUUACAAUGGAAGUGGUUGGGUCUCAAGACUCUCAACAACCAGUUCAUCAUCACUCAAGUGAAAUAGUGGCGAAGAACGUGAUGACUAAAGAGGGUAUAAUCUGCUUACGUACCGAAGUCAUUAACAAUUUGAAUGACAAACCUUGGUCCGACCUUCCUCCCGAACUUCUUUUGGAAAUUGCUGGUAAAUUAGGCUUGCCCGAGCAUCUUAGUUUUCGUGGUGUUUGUCAACCGUGGCGCUUAGCUUCUUCAGAAGCUUCAGCUGACCUUCAGUCAGAAAUUGAUACCAAACCUUGGUUUCUACUCUAUGGUAGCGGUUCACACUGUUCUUUACUUGAUUCUUUAUCAGAUAAAGUUUAUAAUAUUCGUAUGCCGGAACUAGAUGGUGCGACUUGCAUAGCAUCAAAGGAAGGUUGGCUUCUUCUAUACCGAAAUGAAUCGCUGUUCUUCUACCGUCCUUUCUCCCAUGCAAAAAUAGAGCUUCCAAAGUUUCCUACUCAGCAAUUGUUUGAUGAUCAUACUGCAACAUUUUCAUCAACUCCUAUAUCUCCAGACUGCAUGGUUUUUAUUGGCACCAGAACUAGUAGUACCCAAUUGGUGUUAAAUGUUCUUCGAAGAGGAUCUAAUGUAUGGGUUCAGUAUGAAGAGACUAUUUAUGGACCAGACCCGAAUUUUACAUUCAUGACAUUUUGCAGUAGUGGUGAAUUUUGCAGUGGUGGUGAACUAAAUUUGGUGUCAAAAACCCAUCAUGUUGUUUUCUCUGUUGAAGAAAAGAGAUGGAUGCACCGCGUCUUGGUACCCAGUAACACACCUGGGUCUUCUCCAAUACCAUGGAAAAACAGAGACCCGAAAAUUGAACUGAAACGAAAAUUGGGGUUGGAAAAAGGUGAUUCACUUACAAUUUGUGGGACGGAGAUAAUAGGCGAACAUAAUACAUGCAUAAGUAACCAGGUGAUCAAGGCUGUCGAAGAGGAAGGUGUGGAUAUCCGCCAUAACAAGGGAGUGUGGAUUAAUCCACAAUUUUUUCAACUUCCUCUAAAUCAGAACAGUUGGUCAUUUUAA